AUGAAGUUUACUGAUGUAUUAUGGGCUCAUAAUAUAUAUCGAAUAAUAAAUCGUCAUUGGUAUAUACAAGGAAAACUAAAAGUUUUACCAACUAAUUCGGAAAAAGUUUUAAAUGAAUAUGGAUUUAAUGUUGAAGACAUAAAUACAUAUCUUUAUUCAAAUAAAACAAAGCAGAAAAAUGAAGUGAGUAAAUUAAAUCAAGAUUUAAAUUCUGAAGUAAAACCAUGUUUUAUGUACAAAGAUGACCAAGUUUUGUUAGAAGGAUUAAAACAAGCAAAAGUACUUACCAAUACCAUUGAUUAUAAUGAAUUACCUGAAAAAAUAGUUGAAUUAGAGAAAAGUUUUAAGUUAACUGAAGAAGUACACUCGAAUGUAAAAAGAAAAAUAUUGCUUUCUUGUUUAUUAGAAUCUACACAGACAAAACUUCCAAAAAGAAAAGAUCCAUUAAGACCUGCUUGGAAUUUUCCCAGAGAUUAUGGAAUAUCGGAUGAUAGGAAAAAUGAAUUAUUAUGUAAAAAUUUGAUGAUGGCAUGUGAAAAUUAUACAAAAAAGAAAAAUUGUUCGACUGUAUAUGAUACAUUUUUUUCCGUACCAUUUGAAGCUCAUGGAAAACAAAUUCAGUUUGAAAUAACUAGUGAAAUUUUAGUUACAACUUCUGAAAAACUAAAACCAAUAACUAAUCCUAAUUUAACAUUUCAUGAAAAUUUGCCAAUUAUUUAUCCAACUCAUUGUACCAUUAGUUUAUUACCAUGUAAAAAUUAUGUUAUGGAUAAUAUUUAUCCAUUAAGCAUGAAGAGUAAAUAUCCAUUUGUUCAAACUGCUAUAUUACAUUUAAAUUAUUCUCAAAUGAAAAAAAUUUGUGAUGAAAUAACAGAAGAACAAAUAUUGGGUAGAAGUCUUUUAAAAGGCUUUACCAUUGCUGCUGCUCAAGCAAGAGCUGAAUAUGGGAAUGAAAUAAGUGAAUUACCUGAACCAGUGGUUAUCCCAAUUGUUCACACAGAUGGAAGAAUGUUUCAUUUUUCAAUAUAUCAGUUAAAUACUUUAAAUUUAGACAAAGAGACAAAUUUGAAGAAUAUUUUUUGGAGCAUUCCAAGAAUUCCACUGUAUGAUGAAUGUCAGUAUAAACAAGGGAAACCUGUAUUAGAAAAUUACAAUUCUGAUACAAACAAUAGUCAAGUUUAA